AUUUCGUUAGAUGCUAAAGGUCAUUCAAGCGAUGGGACCGUUUUGAAAUCCGCAAAUGGAGUGUUUCUGUACUUAGUUGUGACCUGAAAUGUCGACCUCAAAUUGUCAUUUCUCUGCCAUAAAAAGUCUUUUCGAUAACGCUGUUGAAAAUGGUGAAAUUACAGUACUUGAAUUUACUACUCGGCUAUCGGAAAUAAGUAUAAGCUUAUCACCUGAAGAGAAAAAAUCUCUGGUACAACGCGUAGAUAGCGAAAUGAAGCUGUCGUAUAAGGAGAUUCUAGAAAAGCAUUCUUCAGACAAUGGAAACGAAAAAUUGUCUAGAGAGCUACAAUUCCAAAUUUUAUUAAUCCUACAUACUCGUCUUCUAUGCUCGUUUGAAGAAGGUGAUAUGUGUGCUGAUCAUGAACUUGGUGACUGGAUUUCGGAACUAAUCAGCCGGCUUAGCUUAUGUGAUCCUACUUGGAAUGAAUGGAAAAACUUUCUGAAAUUGGAAGUUGUCGAUAGGUACAAGACAGGCUUUGGUCGCACAUUAUUUCAUGUCUACAUCAAUCUUGGUUUGGAACCUCCUGAGUGCCUACCCCAUGAUACGGAACUUACAUCGGAAUCACGUACUCUAGAGGAAAAUGUAGAUGAACUCGAUGGGGUCAUACCAAAUUCACCCCAACCAUCAAAUGUCAUGCAACCUUCACCAGUACCACGCAAUACCCUUAGACAAUCGCUUCCACGUGCUUUGUUUACUGAUUCAGUACACAUCUCACUUUCGUCCAAUGAAACUCCUAAUCCCUUGACAUCCACUCCAAUUUUACCCAAUGUUAUUAGUUCGUGUCCUGUCAACAUAGAGUCAUCUAGCAAAUAUCGGUCUUGUAAAACCAUACCAACUCCUCAUCUAGUACUUAUACCAUGUCAACGAUCGAAACGAAAAUGCCGAACUCCAACGAAACGCAUACCAGUAAAACGAGAAGCUCGAAAGAAGCCAACAAACACAACACCUACUACAAGACACAGACAUUCUUCAGCUAAUUCAUCAAAACGAACUCCAGCUUCAACGUCAGCUCGUACUCCAAGGAGUUCAAAUCGAUCACGUUCACAUACUAUCACGUCUCCUAACGCUAAUAGCGUAAAACCAAAGUCGACAUUAUCAGAAACGCCCAUUUCAACAAGAGGAGAGUCUAAAAGAAAGGCGAAUACCGAUUCAAAACGUAAUCAUCGACGUUCAGUACACGAGACACCUAAUCCAGAGAAAUCAUAUCCUCGCUGGGAACGCGCCAAGUUGGCUGCAGCAGAGAAAACAAAAAAUAAGGCAAUUAUUGUAGAUGAAUCACCAAUAAAACCACUGCUAACAACAGUCAGUCCAUUACGUCGACUACGUCGAGCUAACUCUAUGCUAAAUAGUCUUUUGUACAUUGAAGCACAAGAAGCUGCCAAUAUAACAGCUCAGACUCACAGUGGUGGUGGUGGUUGUCUUCCAACACUAUUGAGUAAUAGUUCCAGUCUGCCAUUUAAUUCCGAUGACGACAAUGAAGAUAAUAAUCGACUAACUCGCGAAUCAUCACUUCAAUUCAGUCAAGAACUACCAAUACAAUAUAAAGAUUCAUGUCUGUCCGUGGCAAUGUCACGUGCUGAACGUUGGAGACGACGUCAAUUGGAAGAGGAAGCUAGUUUAAGUCAAUUCUCAACACAAAUGUCUAAUAUUCAAUCAAAUUCUGUACAUAUAAAUAAUGAUUUUAUCAAUGAAAAUAUUAAUCAAUCAACACCUCCACGUUUACUACGUCGUAAUUCUAAUUUAUUAGCCAAUAUGAUUUCUUCAUCAGAUCAUCAUCGUUUAAAUACAGCAUUAAGUCAAUUGAUUCAUAGUCCAAAACGAAUAAAAACCCCUCGUAAAAACAUUUUUAAUGUGACGCCCAAGUGUACUCCGAAUGCAAAAAACAAUUGCUCUCAAUUGUCUACAACGACAACUCAGAUAAAUACAGACUGUCUAAAUCCAGCACAAGUUACUACAACUCCCCCUAUCUCUACUAUGAAACCAUUUCUACAAAACGAUGUUCAACCUAUGUCAAGUCUGAAUACAGUAGGCUCAUUCCCAAGAUCUACUCCUCGACGUAGAACGUACAAAUCUAAAGAUACUGAUGAUAGUCAUCCCAUCACCAUUACUACUACUACAAGUCGUCGUCGGACUAGACAUUCUUCUGGAUUCGUUCAAUCAAAUACACGUGAAACCAUUGUUUCACCUCAGAUAUUUGACGAGGAGGCAAUGUUCCUUGGAAGAGAAGAAUUUCUGAAUGAAACUACCCCAAAUGUGUCUAGCACAUUUGAUAAAUGUGUCGAAGAUGAUGAUGAUGAUGGUGCUGAAUUUGGAGCGUUGUUAAUGUCUAGAAAACGUAGAAAAGUAUCUCCAGUUUGUACACCAACACAACCUCCUGUAUUUCGUUUGAACACAUUAGCUGCUACAACUACUACGGCAUGUUCCACUAGUACUCAUCAAGUUUUCACUGGAUCACCUAACUCUGGUGAGUUGACUGGAAAUCAUACACCAUAUUCAUUUGGUAGUAAUAAUUUCAUGGAUGACUACCUGAUAAAUGCACCUAAGCGUAAUAUCAACUGCAUUUCUGACGGUUCCGUCAAUACCGUUGCUAACAGUAACAGUAGUGACUAUGGUACUUCGGAUACUACUAUUAGUACCACUGUUAAUACUACUUCUGCCAAUACCAUUAGUAUUAGUGAUCAAAACAAUCUGAUAUAAUCAAUAAUUCUAAAGCAUCUAUAUUUACCACAUGUCCAGUAGUUAAACCUAUUCAUCAAUCAACAUUUGCUCCAUUGCAUGUAUUCAAUCGUCCUUCAAUUGCAGUUAGUGAUUCUAUCGAUAAUACAACAACAAUUCACAGUAGUCAAAGUAAUUCAACGUGUAUUGCUUUACGUAAACAAUUAUUUGGUGGAAUUGAUGAACCAUCUAAUAGUAUAUCUAAUCCUAAAUUAUCUGAAGAUAUUCAUGAGAACUCGGAGAAUAUACCUCCUAAUCAUUUGAAUUCACCAUCAUCUUCAUUAUCAUCACCAUCAUCAUCAAAAUCUCAUAUUAUUCCAUUAUCAUAUGAUAAUCCUAAUCAUAAUAAUAAUUCACGUCAUUUAUGGGAUGAGAAUUCAUUAGAUAUACCAUUAUCACCAGUAUUACAUCAAUUACAAUAUAAUAUACAAUCAUCUAUUGAUACUAAUUAUCAUCAUUCAUAUACAUAUUUAUCUAAAAAUAAUCAUAAUUUAUUCCCUUCUAAAUUCAUAGUACCAAUUAUACAACAAUCAACAUUACAUAAUCCAUCAUGUCAUCGUGGAUUACAUCCUCGACGUAAUUUAUUCCAAUAAUCAUAUUCUCUCUCUCUCUCUACCCUCUCCCGCCCCCUCUUUCUUUUCUUUUCUCUUUUUUUUGUCUUUUUUUCUCUUUCUAUCUAAUAAUCUUGUUUUUAGUUUCCAAUUAGUUUUCAUCAUGUUUAUAAUGUAAAAAUGUAUUUCCAAAGUAUUCAUCAUCAAUCUCUAAUUGAAAGGAUCCUCUUUUUUUUAAAUGAACAUCAUGAAACAAUUACAUGUGAAUAUAACUUCUAUUAAAACUGUAAAAGUAAAAUAAAACACCUUUUUCAGUUUGUGUAUCUAGAUAGUAUUCUAACCCUUACACAAAUUAAGGGGUUUGUAUGGUGUAUAUGUAUUUUGGUUAGUAUCUCUUUAUAAUCAAUGUUUGUGUUGAAAUAUAUGAAGAAAAAAAAAAACACACACAACCUUCUUCAUGUAAAUUUGUGUUCUAUAUUACUAAUAUAUAUUGUAAGUAGUAUCUAUCUAUAUAUGUAUAUAUAAAAAACAUUUUUCAAUGAAUCUUAAGUAUUUUUCAUUUUACUUCGGAUUUUGUAUUUGAUGAAUUGAUACUUAUUGUAGUAUUCUAUAUUUCCGUUUGGUUGUGGUUAGUUUGAUGAAUAUAGUAUUGAAUACCACUAUUGAGUUUGUGUAUAAUUAAUAUGUUCUAUUAUUAUUAUUGAUAAUGUAUCGUAACAUUUCUAGUACUCUAGUAUUUGUCUUGAACAUUUCAUCUCACUGUAUUGAUAUAGUAUAGUGACAUCAUGAACCAAUAUGUGUUACUUAUGACUAACUAUGAAUUUGUACAAUAAGUAAAUUCAAGGGUAUGUUAAACUACUUCUUUUCGUACCCUCUCUCUCUCUCUGUGUGUGUGAUAGUAUCUAUGUUUAAUUUCAUUGUUUUUAAAUAUAAUUUAUUGGUCAGUUGAAUAGUACUUAGUGCGUAUACUAUCAUUUUAGUCUGUAUUGUUUAUAUUCGACACCCGAACUAAUCAUAGGGAGUGAAGUAGUUGAGCGUGUCGACUGCCUCACUUAUCUUGGGAGUCUCAUCA